AUGGGUUGUGAAGACAAAGGAAAUGGAUCCUAUAGAAUCACAACUUUUCAGCAAAUUGUCUCUUCCUGUUGUGGUGCUAUUCUAACAUCCGUUUUGGUGACACCUCUAGAUGUUGUCAAAGUUCGACUACAGGUCCAAAGCAAUCCAUCCCUGAAAGGAAAGUCUUUUUUGGAUUCUGAUGGUUUGACCGAUCACAUUUAUCUUUAUGAAAAUGGAACUGGCAAACCCUGGAAUAAGACAUCUUCCCGUUUUACUGGCAUGUUGGAUGCUUUUGCAAAAAUUGUUCAAAGAGAGGGCGUGAAAGCAUUGUGGAGUGGAUUGCCACCCUCACUAGCAGUUUCAGUUCCAACUACAGUAAUUUAUUUUACCUGCUAUGAUCAACUACGUGAUGCCCUCGUUUAUAAAUUAGGAGAUAAUGUCUACAUUCCACUUAUUGCAGGUGCCAUAGCCAGAUUAUGUUCUGCUACUAUAAUAAGUCCAAUUGAAAUGAUUAGAACAAGAAUACAGUCUGGACGAUUGACUUACACACAGCUGCUUGCUCGCAUCAGUACAGGUGUGACCCAAAAUGGCUGGAUUUCACUCUGGAAAGGAUGCGGUCCCACUAUACUUAGAGAUGUGCCAUUCUCAGCACUCUACUGGUACAAUUAUGAAUAUUUCAAGAUGAACUUAUGCAAAAAAUCAAGUUUGCAUGAGCCAACAUUUUUUAUCAUCUUCUCAUCAGGAGCAGCAGCUGGUUCUAUUGCAGCUACAUUAACUUUACCAUUUGAUGUAAUAAAAACACAUCGACAGACUGAGCUUUGGGAACUUGAUAGUACACAAUCUCCACAGAAGAAAACUAGAUCAAUAUGGGAAGUAAUGAAGAGAAUUGUGAUUGAAAAUGGAUUUACUGGAUUAUUUACUGGUAUUAUUCCAAGACUGACAAAAAUUGCUCCUGCUUGUGCCAUAAUGAUCAGCACAUAUGAAUAUGGGAAAACUUUCUUUCGUAGAUUAAAUAAAGACAAAGAUAUGAAGAACUAUUAA